UUGCGAACAUGAAAUUGGCGCCGCUCGCCGAUCAGCCCGGUUCGAUCGUCCAACGCGUGCGCCGUGUCCAACUCCAAUUGUCCCAGCCCGUGAGGAAUGCGCGUGCGCCCAACCCAUUGCGAAGUUUGCGAGCCUGUUUCCGAUUUCUAAAUCGAUUCCUGAGUUGCCCCGCUUCUGAUGCGGUCCCGCGGCUAAUCACGCAGCCCCAGUGCCGGCCACGCUCUGCCGUUGGGUGCCCCCACAAUCAACCCUCAAAAGGACAUCUUCUAGAGGGUGCAAUUGCUGCCAAGGGGGCCGAGCGGCCUCAAAACGGGCGGUCGAGUCCCUCGGACGGCCAUCUUAGUUUUGACCGAACUCGGUUUUCAGGUUAUGGCCCAGCAGUAAGGAAACCCACGAUUGCGAUGCCCGCCGUAGCCAGCAGGCCGGGCAGCCUGAAGGAUCCCGAGAUCGCCGAAUUAUUUGAGCGGAGCGAUCCAGAAAAGACCUUUGAAGACCUCCGAGAAAUCGGCCAUGGGUCUUUUGGUGCAGUCUAUUAUGCCCGACACGUGCCGACCAGGGAAAUUGUGGCUAUCAAAAAGAUGUCCUACCUGGGCAAGCAGUCGGUUGAAAAGUGGCAGGACAUUCUCAAGGAAAUUCGUUUCCUGCGCCAGCUCGGUCAUCCAAACACGAUUGAGUAUAAGGGCUGCUACUUGCAUGACAAUACAGCCUGGCUGGUCAUGGAGUAUUGUGUGGGUAGCGCUUCAGACAUUCUCGAGGUCCACAAAAGGCCUCUCAUGGAGGAGGAAAUAGCGGCUAUCUGCGAAGGCGUACUUCGCGGACUCGCUUAUCUCCAUUCUAUGGGCCGAAUCCACAGGGACGUCAAAGCAGGCAACAUUCUUCUCACCGAAAACGGUGUUGUAAAAUUAGCUGAUUUCGGUUCUGCCGCCACCAAGUGUCCAGCCAACUCAUUCGUGGGCACGCCAUACUGGAUGGCGCCAGAGGUGAUUCUGGCAAUGGACGAAGGCCAGUACGAUGGCAAAGUGGACGUCUGGUCCAUGGGCAUCACAUGCAUAGAGUUGGCUGAGCGCAAGCCACCCUAUUUCAAUAUGAACGCGAUGAGUGCCUUGUACCACAUUGCUCAGAACGAGUCGCCUCAGCUGCAGGCGUCUGAAUGGACCGACGUUUUCCGUCACUUUGUUGACGCCUGCCUGCAUAAGAAUCCUCAGGAAAGGCCCACUUCUUCCAGACUUCUCUCACACCAACUCGUUACACGAAUUCGCUCACCAACUGUUCUGAUCGACUUGAUUGGUCGCACCAAGGCCGCCGUGCGUGAUCUCGACAACCUCAACUACCGUAAGAUGAAGAAAAUUCUGAUGGCCGACGAGAACGACGCGGGUGCUGGCGACGAAGGCAAAAGCAACUCUGUUACCUCAGAGAAUAGUCUGCACUCAGCUGUCUCUGUUGCCUCGACUGGCUCCAACAGCAGUCUGCCCAACCAGGAAGCCCCACCGGUGCCACCCCACGCCUCCACGUCGGAGGACUUUUUGCCCGUUCGACCCCACGCCUCAAAUUUCGCUACCAUAAGAACAACAUCAAUCGUGACCAAGCAGCAGAAAGAACACAUGCAGGAGGAAAUGCAUGAGCAAAUGUCUGGCUACAAACGCAUGAGGCGGGAACACCAAGGUGCUCUACUCAAAUUAGAGGAGAAGUGCAAGGUUGAAAUGGAGGGCCACAAGCAAGUACUUGACAAAGAGUACGAAGCAUUGUUGAGUCAGUUCAGUAAGGAGUUGGAGCGACUCACCCAGAGGCAUCAGCAGGAGCUGGAGAGACGAAUAAAAGCAAACUCGGCCGCUGAAAGACGUCUGUUUAAAGACAUUACCACCAGGCAGGAGGCUGACCGCAAGGCGUUUGAAACUCAGAAAAAGAAGGAGUACAAGGCUAGCAAGGAGCGCUGGAGGCGGCAGAUGGACGACGAUGCCACUCCCAAGCGCCAAAGAGACGCUGCGCUCGCAUCUCAGAAAGAGAACCACAAACAGGUGGAGGCGCAGGAAGAGCAGAGGUUAGUCCGCGGCCAGAAGGACUACCUAGAGUUAGAAAUGCGCAAACUGAGGCGCAAGAAGCUUCUACAGAUUCAGCAUUUAGAACUGGAACUUUUGAGGGAAGAACUAGUGAAGCGGCAGCAGCAGCUUGAAACUGCCCACUCAAUGCUCCUAAGACACCAUGAAGCCACCCAGGAGCUUGAAUAUCGACAACAGAGGGCUGUCCACGCCCUUCGUGAAGAGCAGGUAUCUCGCCAGCACCAGACAGAACUCAACUCCCAGCGCGAGUACAUGGCGCGCACAGAGAGGGAACUGCGAAAGAAGCAUGCAUUGGAGCUGAAGCAGCAACCAAAAAGCCUGAAGCAGAAGGAGGCUCUAAUCAGGAAACAGUUCCGCGAUACCUGCAAAAUCCAGACUCGGCAGUAUAAGGCUUUGAAAUCGCACAUCCUGCAGACGACGCCAAAGGAUGAUCAAAAGGCAGUAAUCAAGAAGCUCAAGGAUGAGCAAAUGCGGAAGCUAGCCCUGCUCGGCGAUCAGUAUGAGCAGAGCAUUGCAGAGAUGCUGCAGAAGCAGUCCAUUAGACUUGAUGAAAGCCAGGAGGCUGAAUACUCUCGACUGAAAGAACGUCUAGACUACGAACUUGAGAUGCUGAUGGCUUACCAGUCAAAGAACAAGAUGCAGGCUGAGGCUCAACGAAACCGCGAGCGAAAGGAGUUGGAGGAUCGUGUCAGUGUGCGCAGAGCUCUGCUAGAGCAGAAAAUGCAUGAGGAGAGCAUCCAGUUCAAGCAUGAGCGGCACGAGCGUCUGCGCAUGCUGCAGGAGCGGCAUGACAAGGACCUUGACUCGUUUGAUGAAGAAUCUGCCCGCCUCGGAUUCAGGAAAUCGAAUACGCAAGAAGUUCAGUAUUUGGAUAUAUGAAAACUGGGCUGCAUGUAAUUAAGUGCAGUUUUUUAACUCUGUGCGCUCGCCAUUGCCGAGAGCUCAAAGGAGGCAUACGAAGAGGAGAGCCUGAGUGGAAGCAUGCUCAGUUUGGCCCACAGCAACAGCUCCUCCUCCUUCCCCCUGUGAUCGAGAAGUGACACUCAGGACUAGUCUCAGUGAUAUACUCACUCCAGGACACUUGACAGUGCAGUGCAUCUAUCCCCAGCAUAUUAAACGAAUGCAGCGUCAAUCAAUAAAAGUCACAUUGCAGUGAACAGUAAAUAAA